UUAAUGAGCCUCAUUAGUUACUUUGUAGCUCGUGCAGCUGAAAGUGGCUCGAGACGCUCCAUGUUGCUAUGACAACAGUGCCGAGUCUUGAGCAGAAAGCAGAGCAGUAACCACGGUAACGGUAACGUUAAUCAAAAUUCAGAUAUCAAACUGUGAGAUAUGAUUGUGUAAUAAUGAACGUGUGAAUCCACCGUAAACCAGAUAAUCACUAUAAACGUUACCAAACCUCCAAACUGCCUGUUGAACCAAACUCGUCGUGUUGUGUGCCGAACAGAACGCAAAGACCCGCGGUUACUCGUUCUCAAACACGGCUGUGACGUCGCUCUCGAGCUGCAAGUCGCGAUUACGAGACAAAACGAACGCGGCAAAAGCACUGAGCGCAACAUAGACUGCUAGUCUACUAGUGCUUCCACAGGAUACACACUAAAGAGACGGCGGAUUAUUCAACCGACUUUGAAGACAUCGACAACGAACCCUUUCAGUUUGAUGGACGUCCUUAUCUUCUCGAGCCGGAAUAUACAGACGAAGAGCUGCAGGAGCUCCGUGAAAGGGCUGAGAGAGAGAGAGAGAGAGAGCUACCGGUAGUCAAUGCCAACACAGCCUCGUACUUCAGGAAACUGGUGGUGUACCUGCGGACAUUGUGAAGCUAUGGCCACUGAAGAGGAGUGGCUGUGUUGGGGCAGUGUUUUGUACAGUGUGAAGAUUUCCCCUCUCUGAUAAACAGAGCUGCACUUGAAACUUUUUUCCAUGUCCCGAAAAUAAAUUGGAGGCAGCGACUCAUACCGGAGGGACCAGAUGGACAGUUAUCCACUGAAAACUCCGCCCCUCCGGUGACUCACCUGAGACAAACCAGGAAACAGAGGUUGUUAUUGUGCUUCACUGACGGGAGACACACAGACAGAGACAGACGAUAAGAUUCACCUUCAGACCAAAACCCACUGAGACAGGACAGCUACAGGAGGGAAUACUGGGAAUACUGGAAUACUACCACUUCAACCAGCUGCUGAAUCCACAAACUGAACAAGAGUUUGACUCCAAAGACUCAAAGUGAAAGUAACUUUCAGAGAACAGGGAGUGACUGACUGGUUUCCUGUUGGAGCUGCCUGCUGUGCUUUCAGCUGCACUCACAGACAAAAUGGCUUCCAGAUUAGAGGAAGAUCUCUGCUGUCCUGUCUGCCACGGCAUCUUUAAAGAUCCGGUCAUCCUGUCAUGUAGCCACAGCUUCUGUAAAGACUGUCUGAAGAGCUGGUGGACAGAGAAAGUAACACGUGAGUGUCCAGUUUGUAAGAGAAGACAUUCAAGGGAAGAUCUACCUCCUAACUUGGCUUUAAAGAACCUGUGUGAGAGUUUCUUACAGGAGAGAGAUCAGAGAUCUUCAGAGGCUCUCUGCAGUCUGCACUCUGAGAAACUCAAACUCUUCUGUCUGGACCAUCAGCAGCCAGUGUGUGUCGUCUGCAGAGAUUCAAAGAAACACACCAACCACAGAUUCAGACCCAUCGAUGAAGCUGCACAGGAUCACAAAGAGGAGCUCCAGAAAUCUCUGAAGCCUUUAAAGGAGAAGUUAAAGGUUUGUGAAGGAGUUAAAGUGAAGUUUGAUCAAACAGCAGAACACAUGAAGGUCCAGGCCCGACGCACAGAGAGGAAGAUUAAGGAACAGUUUAAGAAGCUUCACCAGUUUCUAGAAGAGGAAGAGGAGGCCAGGCUGGCUGCACUGAGGGAGGAAGAGGAGCAGAAGAGUCAGAUGAUGAAGGAGAAGAUGGAGGCUCUGAGCAGAGAGAUAGCAGCUCUUUCAGACACAGUCAGAGCCACAGAGGAGGAGCUGAGAGCUGAAGACGUCUCAUUCCUGAACAACUACAAGGCUGCAGUGGAAAGAGUCCAGCAGCGCCCCCUGCUGGAGGAUCCACAGCUGCCCUCAGGAGCUCUGAUAGACGAGGCCAAACACCUGGGCAACCUGACCUUCAACAUCUGGAACAAGAUGAAGGACAUGGUCUCCUACAGUCCUGUGAUUCUGGAUCCAAACACUGCUUAUCCAGAACUCAUCCUGUCUGAAGAUCUGACCAGUGUGAGAGUAGGAGAGAAACAGCAGCUUCCUGAUAAUCCAGAGAGGUUUGAUUAUUCCUGGUCUGUUCUGGGCUCUGAGGGCUUUAACUCAGGGACUCACAGCUGGGAUGUCGAGGUUGGAGACAGUAAAUACUGGAGACUGGGUGUGUUAGCAGAGUCUGUCCAGAGGAAGGGAGACAUAGAGUCUGGAUUAUGGGAAAUAUGGUUCUGGUUAGGUGACUACAGAGCAUUCUCCCCAUCAGCUCCAGAAACUGAUCUCGUAGUUCAGAAGAAGGUCCAGAGGAUCAGAGGGAAUCUGGACUGGAACAGAGGAAAGCUGUCGUUCUCUGAUCCUGAUACUAACACACACAUACACACCUUCACACACACUUUCACUGAGAGACUGUUUCCAUUUAUUGACACUGAUUAUAAACAGCUGAAGAUUCUACCAGAGAAAGUCUCUGUGACUGUUCAAUAGAAAUAGAUGAUGAUGAUGAUGAUGAUGAUGAUGAUGAUGACGAUGAAGGUGAUGAGGAAGAUGAUAGGUGAUGAUGUUGAUGAUGAUGAUGAAGGUGAUGAUGAAGGUGAUGAUGAUGAUGAUGAUGAAGGUGAUGAUGAUGAUGAUGAUGAUGAUGAAGGUGAUGAUGAUGAUGAUGAUGAUGAAGGUGAUGAUGAUGAUGAUGAUGAUGAUGAUGAUGAUGAAGAUGAUGAUGAACAUGUGUUAUAUUGAUGAUGUUGGUUGUCAUGGUGAUGUGGAUGAGCAGGUUUACAGUGGUUUUUGGGGGUUUUGGGGGUUUUGGUGGUUUUGGGUUUCCAUAGUAACGUGAUCCAGAUAAACUCAGUAAAAGCUGCUUCUGGGUCCAGAAACCAGGUUCCUGUUUGCUGCUGUGUUUACACACAUUACUGAUGUAACAUUUAGUUGUUAAUCAAUCUGGGAAUGAUGGCAGCUAUAGGUUUGUGAUUGGAUCAUUGAUUAUAUCUAUAAAGUGAAUUUGAUCAGCAGGUUAAACUCGGGCUCCAUUAUUCAGAACCAGUCUGAAAACUGUCCCUUUGGACCGAACAAACCCCCCAGUGCUCCGAAGGCCUGUGGCUCCAACUACACUCUCUCUCUGGAGUUUGUUCAACCUGAAUAUCAAUGGCACCAAACAUUGAUCCUGAUUGAUUUGUUUCUUGAUGUUCCAGAGAUUGUAUCUGAAGUUAUCUGCUCAGAGUUUGUGUCCACUGUAAUCCAUCUUGUGUAAAACUGUACAAUUAAAGUUUGUCAUUAAGCAGAAA